AUGCUUCUGCGUCUCUAUCUACGCUGGUGCGAGGACAAGAAAUUUACCGUAAAAGAACUCGACAUAUACCUUACAGAACAAGGUAUAAAGAUGGUGCUGUUGGAGGUGCUAGGCGAUUAUGCAUAUGGUUACCUUAGAACAGAAACAGGUGUGCACAGACUGGUACGUCUAUCCCCUUUUGAUAGCAGCAAUAGGAGACACACAACCUUUGCUUCAGUACACGCAUAUCCCGUGCUUGACGAUACUAUAAACAUAGACAUACGUCCUGAUGACAUUCGUGUAGACACAUACCGCUCUAGUGGUGCUGGUGGGCAGCAUGUAAACAAAACCGAUUCGGCAGUACGCAUAACACACCUCAAAACCGGUAUAGUAGCACAAUGCCAAAACGAACGUUCUCAGAUAAAGAACAAGCAAGUAGCAAUGAAUAUUCUUAAAAGCAGACUCUACGAUCAUUACGAGCGGGAAAAAAAAUCUCGGAUAGAAAAGGAAUCUGAGAAGAAAGCGGACAUAGCAUGGGGACAUCAAAUACGAUCCUAUGUAUUGCAUCCCUAUAAUCUUGUAAAAGACCAUAGAACAAAUAAAGAAAGUAACGACCCCCAGAAGGUGCUAGAUGGGGGAAUAGAUGAUUUUAUCGAGGCCUAUCUUGAAAAAAAUAUCUAG